AUGAUGAUGGAACAGCCCAAGAUCACCCGGGGUAAUAAGAAGGUAUCCUUUUGGAUAAACUUCGCUGUUACCGUCUCGCUGCUAGCUGGUUUACUACCAUGUUCGGCUUUCUUGCAUCCCACGGUCCACACGCGAGGAAUUUCCAAACCAAACGGCCUCCUGCAGCUGAAGAGUCAAGACAUCCAUGUGGGAACCAUCAAUACCCAGCUGUCCAUGUCUUCGAAUGACGAAGGGGGUGGUGGUGGACUCCAAGGAAUUUUGUUUUCCUUGCUGGGUGCUACCAUCAUCCUUCUCUUUGUGGGAACCAGCUUCUUGCCCAUGAUGGAUGGCGGCGGUCGAGACCUGAGCAUUGCGGAUUCUGUGGUGACGAAACAAGAUGCUCCUGAGAAAUUGAAAAAUUACGAAGCCACUGGAGAUCGAUUGUCUCGUUCUAGUAUCCAGGAAAAGUUAAACACAGUGCCGGUGUUUUAUCUGGUCGACAAGGAAAAUGUAAUGGGGACCAAUAUUUUCAUGUCCUAUCAAGAUGCCAGUGAUGCGGCAGGGUUGUUGACAGUAAAGGCAACUACAUUGGACCAAGUCACCUACCCGCUCGUACUGAAACGAGGUCGCAUGCGGAUGGCGCCACCUCCAGAUGCCGUGCAAAAGGCAGAGGCCGGUAUUUCUGAAUCCAGUCAAACAAAGUAUCGUCUUGUUCCUUCCAAGAGCGCUCUCAAAGAUGCAGCUUCCUUCAGUAUGGACGUGGCAGAUAGUGACAUUCCCUUGUUUGUGGCCGAUCGCUUGGCAUUUGCAUCCAACAAAGGUCCCCAGCUUCCUCUGUUUCUCGAAAAGGCCGAUUGCGAAACAAGCUACAAUCGACUCCGUGAAUCCAGCAGUAAAUUGCCAGAAACACCCAACAUUCGAUCGACAACCUUGAUGGAGACCUUGAACAGUAUGGAAAAGGGAACGCGUCCUGGGGUGUCUCAGUUGGCAUUUUAUUCAAGCGCCGAGGAUCUUAUCAAAGCGACCGAUAUGAUGAUGGAGCAAUGA